AGAACAUUCAUCUUAUCGUUUCUUUAGUUGAAGUGAGCUUUAUGUGAAACGGAAACAAAUACUCAUCUGAUGAGUGCUGGGUACAUAAAUAUAUUUUGGUUUGAUGAUAUCUACCGAUAUCAAUUUUGUGGUAAAAAUCGGUGUUGAUAUAAAUAUAGGCGCAGUUAUUCAUUUGUAUUCUCUAGAAGUUACAACUCAUUUUCAGAAUGAAAGGAAUACUGUCUGUUUUUAUUGCAUUUCUGGUCGCCCUAGGAAAUGCGAUACCAUUUGAAUAUGGAGAUCACGAUCCAGACUGUCCCUUUCCCGAUUCAGGUUCUGCGGUGUUCUACCCAUAUCCAUAUGACUGCGCCAAAUUCUACGAAUGCGCACAGGGAAAGAAGAUUCUGAAGGAUUGCGCGCCAGGAACUCUCUGGGAUGUCACUUUGAACACUUGCAAUGACGAAUACAGAGUAACUUGCUCUCAAGUGGUAAGCUCUUCGACUACAGACAGAUCAUCACCCCCACCUGUACCUACAAACGGAACUACAUCUCCCCUUACCACACCCACUACAUCACCACCAACUCCAACUACAACCAUAGGUACAACACCACGACCUGAAACUCCAACCACAUAUCCACCAACACAGCCUACAACAACUACGUCUCAACCUACAUCAAUACAGCCUACAACUACUACAGCUCCUUCGACUAUUGAUCCUAGCGGGCUCUGUGAGGACCAACCGAAUGGUACCUACCUACCUUAUCCAGGAGACAGAAAAAGAUACAUAGAAUGUGUUUACCAUCACACUUACGUUUAUGUUUGUCCCGGGAUCACCUUCUGGGACCAAAGCAUACUGAACUGUGUCUGAGUCAAAUAUCAAAAGACAGAAUAAAUAUACUUUCAUUGAAGCAGUAAUCA